CACACCCACCCACCCACCAGCAGACAGCGUCUGUAGAUCCCAGAUCGAGUCGAUCCUCGCAGCCCGGAAGUCAGGUGCAGACAACCCGCGACCCUCGGCGGGUCCGUCAGUAACUUCCAGCCAUGGUGUUCGAGUCUCUGGUCAGCGACCUCCUGAACAGGUUCAUCGGGGACUACGUGGAGAACCUGGACAAGUCUCAGCUGAAGAUCGGGAUCUGGGGAGGAAAUGUAGUUCUGGAGAACCUGAGGGUGAAGGAAAACGCUCUGAGCGAGUUUGAUGUUCCCUUCAAAGUAAAAGCUGGACAGAUUGGUAAGCUGACGCUGAAGAUCCCCUGGAAGAAUCUGUACGGCGACGCGGUGGUGGCCACGCUGGACGGGCUCUACCUGCUGGUCGUUCCUGGAGCCACGAUAAAGUAUGAUGCAGCGAAGGAGGAGCGCUACCAGCAGGAGGCGAAGCAGAAGGAGCUGCAGCGAAUCGAGGAGGCGCUGCAGAGCGCGGCACGAAGAGCGUCUCAGACCGGAGAUCUGCUGUUCGGUCUGGAGAGCGUGGUUUACAAGGAGCAGCUCGAUGUCCCAAAAGGACGUAAAAACCCCAAAAAGCACAAAAAAGUUCUAAAGAAACUGAAGCGACAUGAACACAAAGCAGAUAAACCUCAGGAGGACAAGAAGGACACAUUCAUGGAGAAACUUGCCACACAGGUGAUCAAGAACCUGCAGGUGAAGAUCAGCAGCAUCCACCUGCGCUACGAGGAUGAUCUGUCAGAUCCACAGCGCCCCCUAUCGAUGGGAGUAACACUAUCAGAGCUCAGCCUGCAGACCACUGAUGAGAACUGGAAGCUGUGCAUUCUGAAUGAAGCUGCAAAGAUCAUCUAUAAGCUGGGCCGUCUGGAGAGUCUCUGCACCUACUGGAACGUCAACAGUCCCAUGUACUACCGGAGCUCUUGGCAGGACAUUGUGGACCAGUUGAGGUCAGAGAUCAGCAGCAAAGACCAGCAGCUGCCUCACUAUCAGGACAUCUUCAAGCCAAUCUUCGCUUCGGCUAAAAUAUGCAUCAACCCGAAUGCGGAGGCAGAGCUGAAGUCUCCGAAGGUGAAGCUGCAGCUGGAGGUCCAGAACAUUGGUAUCGAGAUGACCAAACCUCAGUACCUGAGCAUGGUGGAGGUACUAGAGUCCUUUGAUCUAAUGGCAAAGAGCGCCCCUUACAGGAAGUUCAGGCCUGAUGUUCCUGUCAGUAAGAACGUCAAAGUCUGGUGGAGGUAUGCUUUCAACAGCAUCAUGGAGGUCCACAUCCGACGUCUUAGCCACAUGUGGUCCUGGUCCAAGAUUCAGCAGCACCGGGAGAGCCUGAAGGUCUACAAGGCUGCCUACAAGAGCAAACUGCUGAGUCAGAACAAGCCAGGGCCAGACACCGAGAAGCAGAUCCAGGAUCUGGAGAAAACCCUGGACGUGUUCAACAUCACUCUGGCCCGUCAGCAAGCCCAGAUGGAGGUGAUCCGGUCGGGCCAGAAACUGGCUGGGAAGAAAGCCGGAGGCCAGAAACAAGGAGGAGGCUUUUUCAGCGGCUGGUUUGGGAGGAAGGCUAAGAAGGAGGAGCAGGAGGUGGAGGAGGACAAGGAGUCUGAGACUUCAGGUCUGGACCAGCUGAUGACGGCUGAGGAGAAGGAAAAACUCUACACAGCUAUUGGCUACAGCGGCAGCUCGCACAACCUGGCUUUACCCAAACAGUACGUCGGUGCCAUCAUCACCUUCCAGCUGCUCAGAACGUCAGUGACCAUCAGAGAGCAGCGCGACGUCCCAGAGAUCCUCAACAUCCAGAUGGUCAACCUGAGCACCAGGAUAUCCCAGAGACCCGGAGCGCAGGCGGUCAGGGUGGAGGCGGCGCUGGAGCACUGGUACGUCACAGGGCUGCAGCAGCGGGGCGCCGUCCCCUCGCUCAUCGCCUCCGUGGGCAAUUCUUCAUCAUCGCUGCUCACCGUGGUGUUUGAGUUGAACCCUGAGGAGAGUUCUGGAGACCAGCUGCUGAAGAUCCACUCCCAGCCAGUGGAGAUAAUCUACGAUGCAGUGACUGUCAACAGUAUGGUGGAGUUCUUCAAGACGGGGAAAGGCGUGGACCUGGAGGUCCUGACGUCGGCCACACUGUCCAAACUGGAGGAGAUCAAAGAGAAGACCGCUGCAGGUUUGUCUCACGUCAUUGAAACACGGAAGGUCCUGGAUCUGAAGAUCGACCUGAAGCCGUCGUACCUGAUCGUACCAAAGUCCGGCUUCUACAGCAGCGAGUCAGACCUGCUGAUCGUGGACUUCGGUAGCUUCCAGCUGUACAGCGUGGACCAGAGCAGUCGGAGUUCAUCGUCUCCCUCGUCUCUGGAGGAGAUCAUGGAUCGAGCCUAUGAGCGGUACGACGUGGGGCUGAGGAAGGUCCAGCUGCUCUACAGCAAGUCAGGAGAGGCCUGGAAGACGGCGCGGCUGCAGAGUUCCUCGGCGCAGCACAUCCUGCAGCCCAUGGACCUCACGCUGCACCUGGCCAAGUGCAUGGUGGAGAAGGACGUCCGCAUGCCAAGGUUCAAGGUGUCCGGCGAGCUGCCGCUGAUGCAUGUCAGAAUCUCAGACCAGAAGAUCCAGAACGUCAUGGAGCUGGUGGAGAGCAUCCCGCUGCCCACGGCCGGCUCUGCUCCUUCCACCACCACCGAGAAGGUGUUGCCGUUGGCGACGAUGCGUCCUCUGACUCAGAGUCUCGGCCCCGCCUUCCUGGACGCCUUCGAGACAGACUCUGAAGAAGACGGCGGUGAGAAACUGACGGAUCUCCAGCGGUCGGCUGAGGAGGAACUCAUCAACGUUCACUUCAAGUUCGAGCUCAGAGAGGUUCUGCUGGAGCUGACCCGGCAGGAGGACCAGGAGAAGACGGUUCUGUCCUUCAACGUCUCCCAGCUCGGAGCCGAAGGGAAACUGCGAAGCUUCGAUCAGAGCGUCGCUGCAUACCUGCGGCGCGUUGCCGUCGACUACUGUGAUGUUCCAGGGGGCAGCGGUCCUCUCCACCUCAUCAACUCCUCCCAGCAGCAGGACUCCAACCUGCUGAAGGUGGAGUUCAUCAAGGCCGACCCCAACGGUCCCAGUUUCCAGACUAUGUUCAGCAACACGGAGCAGACGCUGAAGGUGGAAGUUUCCUCUCUGGACUUCCUGCUUCACACCAAGGCUCUGCUCGCGACCAUUAGCUAUCUGAACAGCACCGUGCCACCACGGCUCAGCACCACGCGGGACCAGGACGCUGAGAAGCAGGUCCAGAAGACACAGCAGAGUUGGACAGAGUCUAAAGGCAGUAAAGAUGGCAGCGGCAUCUUCAGGUUCAGGCUCUUUGCCAUGUUGGGCUGCUUCCAUGUUGAGGUGUGCGAUGACUGUUGCAGCAUUGCUGACAUCAGAGUCCAGGGUGUCGACGCCUCGGUGUUUAUGCAGGCGAAGGAGACGGAGGUGUUCGCCCGCCUCAGAGACAUCAUGGUGACAGACGCCAACCCCAAGACCGUCCACAGGAAGGCAGUGUCCAUCGUAGGCGAGGAGGUGUUCAGCUUCAAGCUGUCCUUGUUUCCGGGGGCGACGCAGGGAGACGGAUACAGAGACAUGUCAAAGGUGGACGGGAAGGUCACCUUGAGUCUGGGCUGCAUCCAGAUCAUCUACCUGCACAAGUUCUUCAUGUCCCUGCUGGUCAGCAGCCACAGCAACACACACACUCACACACAAGGGCGUAAAUCCCAUUUCAUUAUUGGGGGGGACCAUAAACAGGGACAUUUUUUAAGAACAAUUUUGGGGGGGUCAGCAAAGUUACAGUAAAAUGUGGUUUAAUUUUAUGUUUUUAUUGUGUUCAAGCUGCACCA